UUUUAAUGCAGAUAACUCGCAACCAUGGAUGGAGAAUUGCAUUAUUGUUGAUGUAAUCUAGAGCUUGGUCUUUGGAAGUGUCAACUUGUGCUGCAUUCACAUUACCAGUCAUUUGAAUAUUCCAUAAACCAGAGGGAAAUACGACCUACGAACGGAAAAAUUAGUUUUAUAAUGGCUACGUUUAGCAUUCUCCAUCUUACCAACAAUCUUGGCCUUCUUCUUCCUCUCUCCAAUCUUCGCUGGAAACGGCAUUCGAUCGUCAUCUCUACCUGACACCAAAAUGUCAGUCACCGUUGCAGUGCCGGAAAACCCAGUCCAACAAGACAACGAUGCCGAACCGUUGCUUGAUUCUAUCAAUCGAAAUGGUGAUCUCCUGACAACCACUAGCAUCGAAGAUUCUAGUUCAUCUGAUAAAACUGGCUCUCACAAGGAAAAAAAUUCUAUUAGCUCAGCCAGAUUCUUCGGGGUGGAACUAACCCCCGAUAACAUUGCAGUUGCUAUGGUAUAUUUUGUUCAAGGUGUCUUAGGCCUUUCAGAUCUUGCUGUUAGCUAUUAUUUGAAAGAUGACCUACACCUAGACCCUGCAGAGACAGCUGUGAUAUCUGGUUUCUCAUCAUUGCCAUUGCUUGCCAAGCCGUUAUAUGGAUUCAUUAGUGAUUCCUUCCCACUCUUUGGAUACCGGAGAAGGUCAUAUUUGGUACUAUCAGGACUUUUUGGAGCUCUCUCAUGGUUUUUGAUGGCCACUUUUGUAGACAGCAAGUAUGGUGCAGCUUUCUGCAUACUUAUUGGUUCUCUUUCUGUUUCUUUCUCAGCUGUCGUUGUGGAUUCCAUGGUCGUUGAGCGGGCACGUGAUGAAUCCCAAAGCAUGUCAGGAUCUCUUCAGUCACUUUGCUGGGGUUCUUCAGCAUGUGGUGGAAUUGUCAGUUCUUACUUUAGUGGAUCCCUUGUGGAAGUUUAUGGUGUGAGGUCCGUCUUUGGUGUAACUGCAUUACUUCCACUGAUAACAUCUGUAGUAUCUUUACUUGUGAAAGAGGAGCCUGUACAUGGCCCAGCAAGGGGUCUCUCUUUAGGCAAUGACUUCUUUGAGAGUUCAAAAAGUAGCAUUAUCCAGUUAUGGGGAGCUGUUAAACAGCCUAAUGUUUUUCUUCCCACACUAUUUAUUUUCCUAUUUCAGGCAACACCACAGUCAGGUUCUGCUACGUUUUUCUUCAUAACCAAUAAACUUGGUUUCACUCCAGAAUUCUUAGGCCGCCUUAAUGUUGUUACUUCAGUUGCAUCACUUAUUGGUGUUGCGCUUUACAAUGGUUUCUUAAAGAAAGUUCCUUUAAGGAAAAUAUUCCUUGUGACAACUAUUAUUGGUUCAGCUCUUGGGAUGACACAGGUUUUGCUAGUAACCGGAUUGAACCGGAAGUUUGGCAUUAGUGAUGAGUGGUUUUCUAUUGGGGAUUCCUUGAUCCUAUCUGUUCUUGGUCAGUUAAUCACUGAAAAAAGAAGUGCAUUGAAAGAACAUAUAGCACUUGAUAGGACUAGGAAUCAUGGAACUGAAAAGAAAGUCAUUACAAUUAACUAAAGAGGGCAUUUGGCUGACAAAAAGUAAGAUUGUGAUGGAACUGUUCUUCUAUUUAUGGGAAGAUCAAAGUAGGUGACUGUAAAGCAGUUUUGGAGUUUUUCAUGUCUGUAGAUUGUGAGAACUCUACUCAGCAAUAGAUUUCAGUUACAAACUAUAGGACUGGAAUCCAGCAAUAGAUUCCAGUUAAGAACUAUAAUACUGAGCUGAAAAACCAUAACUUGUGAAUAAUAAUGUUGCACAGAAAGACCUAGGUAAGUAGCCAUUACUUUUGAUCCAUGUGUUUUGUGUCACAAUCAGUUCUAGUUGAAAACUUACUUGUACCAGAUGUUUACACCGUACCAAUGGAUGCAUAAUAUGUGUUUGAAUAUAUACGAUUAUCAUUUAACCAUGGUAAUAUAUAUUCACUUUGUUGACUCACUUAAUAACCAUGAUAACUUGAAUUGGUUUGGGUGCAGAUAAGUAUUUAGUUAGGUAGACUGUUAGUUAAAUGUUGAAGGAUACACAUACACCUAUGCACACUUGUUAGUGCUUGAAAUGUUACCAGAAAGUUCUAACUUUGUAAGAUCCUUAAGGUCACUACAUGGCUGUCCUAUGAAAUUUACCCAUUUUUACUGUAAUGCCAACUUUUGGGAAGUAAUUCUAAAGCUCUACCAAGGAAGAAAAAGAGAGGGAAGCUCUAAAUUUAGUUGAGGAAAUCAGAUUGAUCAGUCGGUUUUGAUUCUUUUGAGAGUGGUAUUCUGGCAACUUUUUCAGGAUUGUCUAACUUUAUA